AUGGAAUCAUUUGUAUUAGGUGUGGUAGUCCAUUGGUGGACUUUAAUUCAAGUUAUAAAUAUUUUAUAUUUUAUAUGUAUUUUUAGGUGUCAAGCAUAUUGGGGUAACUAUUUAAGGUGUUAUAAAUAUUUUAUGUUUUAUAGGGUAAGAAUUAUAUAUAAUUAUAAAUAA